AUGUCGAAAAUCUUGCACACUUCGACGCCUCGGCUUGUCAGCGUCAAAUCUGCUUUAUUGAAUGCUGGGUAUCAGGUUUCAAUUAGCCACUGUGACCCUUUGGGCAUCAAGACGGAUGCCCCAAUUACGUUUCUUUGGGACAUCAUGAAAGAAUGGGUAUGUGCCACCAGCAUACAUUGA